CACCAGUCAAGGAUAUAUCGGAGAAUCGAUCUAGCACUCUAUUUAUCCAUUCACCAGAUCUAAGCAGGAUCAACAUCCUGAACAUUGGAAUUAGACGAUUAAGUCUCGAUCUAGAGCUGUAGUAGACCUUGGUUAGAUCUAGUGACGUCAUUAACUUUGCGUAUCUGUGGUGCUUUGAGACCCGAACUGACUUCACUUACGACACUUCAUCUUACGAUACUACAGAUUGUUUCCUAAUUGGCUACUUUAUGAAGAGAAGCUUACUAUGUUUAGUAUCUGACUUAAGAGCUAUUCCUAUCCGUUGUCCUGCAAGCUUCUCGUCACCAACAUUGCGACUUGUAGGGCCUACGUUACUAAGACUCGUAUCUUUACAAUCACCUAUACCUUACCUCAGUCCUAUAACAACCAUGAGCGUACGCAGCAAUAAACACACGCCCUGGCACUUUAAGCUUAUAUGCGGAACAAUGCCUUCUAAAAGAAGCAUUUCCGAGUGUCAUAGCUCGUUCCUAUGACCCUAGACUCCUUACCUAGAAUGUAAUCACUAACUUCUUCCAUCAGUGGAUGGACUCGUGGUCGCGCCCGGGCAAGUCGCAAGCGACACCAGUGCCAUACUACCUCCUCCCAGGCGGCGAAUUAACACCAUACUGCCGCUCUUGCGGUCGCGUUAUAAGCUCACGGCGUGCGCACGACUCCAGUAACACUAGCAAUGGCGGCAGUAGCGCACCGAAUUACUGCUCUCAGCGCUGUCGCAACACCAAGCCUAGAAAGCUGGAUCGCGAGAUCGAGGCCACAUUUGUACGCAUGUUACUUGCCGAGGAACAGGAAGGUAACAAUGGCAGCGGUAGUUACAAAAUGCGAAAAUCCGCAAAAGCGAAGAAAGGCGACCCCCGCAUCAUCGUGUCCUGUGACGAAGUCCAAAAUAUUAUAUUCGGUGAUCGCGCGGAUCCGGAGAAGACAUUUGGACGGCGGAAGAAUCGUGCAUCAAGAAUCCUACCCGCAGCCGAGGAAGACGGUAGUACCCCUACCCAAAACGAAUUUAUUCACGAUGGAGACGAAGAUAGCGCCAUAGCACUCAGUCUUUCAGACUCCGAUACCUCCUCGAUCGACGGCGAUGUCCAAGCGCGCAUGGCCGUGCGAAGCGGAACCCGGAUCCGCCCAUCACAAACCACAUUCCUCGUAAACGGCAGCGUAGGCGGGGAAAAGGGGCGCGCGGAGCGCUCGCAAGAAAGCGAAGAAAACGCGCGGAAGCGAAUCGAGGGGCAGCGGAGAGCGAAACAGCGGGAAAUGGUUAGGAGUGCUGCGCGUAGACUCGUGGUUUUCGGAUUCGCCGGCGAGAGGAAAUGCGAAGCCGUUAUGCAAGGGAAGGUCGUCGAGCCUAGUUUCGCAAAGGGCGACUGGGGGAUUAGGUGGAGAGAAUGAGGGAAGGAAGGAAAAGAAAUGGUGUAUGUAGGUUGAUAGUUAGAGAGGAUUAUGAUGGGUUAUGGAUUACCUUGUUAAUAGGUAUUGCUUGCUUGGGUUUUCGUCGUUCCCGACCGCUUUUGUUUGCUUGAACUUGGCCGUCGUCAUGGGCUAGAGAAGAAAGUAUGUAGGGUUCGCGCGCGCACUGUAUACGGAGAUUUAGGAUAUCAAUACCAGGUUCAAGUUGCUUGUCCUAUAUCCACACAAAUUACCCCGGCGUUGAAAUUGCGAUCGACUGGGUAUACCGCCUGCGUCUUAUGGCAUGGCACGAGAGAUGGUAGCCGUGUAACAUCGGACCGGGACUUCGAUGUACGAAUUAUAUGAAUUUGCCAGAAAGACGCGUCUUAAGAAAGCUACGGUAUAAUUAAGUAGACCGCUAUUAUCCAAAAUAUGACAAGCCAGUAAGGGGUCCUUAUGGAGGGGGUUGGGGAUUCAAGACAAGAAUUUACGGAGCCGAACAACUCCGUUCGACGGGAGCUUGUUACUUUAUAUGUAUCCAUAUUGUCCCCCGAAUCGCUUC